UAUGAGCUUCAAACGCAGAUCACGCACAGCACACUGAUCAAAUCGAUCUCCCGACAAAAACCCUACGAAAAUGCAGGACAAGAAGGGAGAUGCAGCAGCUUCUGCCAACAAGAAGAACCCCAAAAAGGCCAACCUUUUGGAUCAUGGCUCCAUCAAGCACCUCCUCGAUGAGUCCGUUUCUGAGAUCGUGACGAGCAAGGGGUACACUGAGGAUGUGAGGCUGAGCAACAUUAGAUUGUUGCUUGGGAUCGUUAUUAUCACAAUUGCUCUCUUCGCUCAGUUCUACAACAAGAAAUUCCCUGAUAAUCGGAAUUUUCUCCUCGGCUGCAUCGUGUUGUAUAUUAUAUUCAAUGCGAUUUUGCAAGUGAUUGUGUACACAAAGGAGAAGAAUGCUAUUCUAUUCACUUAUCCUCCAGCUGGAUCUUUUAACAGUACUGGCUUAGUCGUGUCUUCGAAGUUGCCUAGAUUCUCGGAUAUGUAUACACUCACAAUAGCGAGUGCAGAUCCCCAGUCAAUCUCAGCAAAAUCACCAGUGGAGCUUACCAAGAGCGUAACACAAUGGUUUACCAAGGAUGGAGUUCUUGUGGAGGGGCUGUUUUGGAAAGAUGUUGAAGCACUAAUCUUCGACUACGCCAAAGAAAACAAAAAGAGCAAGUGAAUUCAAUCUCUCUCUCUCAAGCCCCAAGCAGCAGAAAUGGAGAGCAUCAGCCAUCUUUUACUAGCACAUGAUAUGUACUUUGGAACUUAAAUCUCUUUGCUUCGACGGAAUCUGAUAGUGCUAUACUAGAGAGACUAAUAUCUUAGCAAAUUAACUGAAUAUAUAAACCCUUAAUCAUGCUUCUUUUUUUAUUCACCCUAGACUAUGAAUACAUUCAUAAUUGAUAGGCCAUCCAACUUUUGUUUC